GUGAAAAAGAAAUUAGGAUUGUAAUUAUUUGUUUUGCAAGUUGUAAGUAUUUUAAUAAAUAAACUAUUGGAAAUGGUCGUGAGACUUUUCCAUCAUCUGUUCAUAACUAAUGAAGACUCCUAUUGACAAGUAUGAGUUGGAUGCCGGACCAAAUUAGGUUUAGCGCGGAUGUGCGGAAGCGUUUGAUCUUUGUACCCAACUUUUAUUUGAAGGAAUCUCAAAUAUUUUUGCCCGCACAAUCAAACAGGUUGCGUCAAUGAGUGGAAGGAAGUGACCGGUUAUGUUGCUUGAUGGGGAAAGUGCACAAAAGACUUGAAUGACAAUACUGUUGGCAUUUCUCCCGGGAUCCACAGCCACAAACAAACACAAUGGACUGCAUCACCUUAGCCAUCCUGGUGUCCAUAUCCCAAGUCUGGGGCGCGGUCACGGCGGUCCCCAUGUCGGUGGAGGUCAUCAGGAUGAAAGCCAUAGUGGAGGCGAAGUCCAAGCAGUUGGUUGCCAGACUCAAUAAAAUCCAGGUUCCUCCCGGCAUGACGCUGACGCCGCCGGCCGACCGACUGGACGGGCUCUCUUCAGUGGUGACACUGCUGGACGGCUACGACAAGCUCAUCUCAGACUCUCUGAACGUGUCUCAGGUGAAGGCCGAGAUUUCGUGGCUGAAGAGUUACCUCGGUCAGUGGAAGAAGGGCCGCUGCGGGGAGGCCAAGGCCAACAGGACCUCCGCCACGGGUGGCGCGCUGCAACGGCUGCAAAGUCAGCGAAGCUUCGUCCUCACCGUCGGCAUCGAGGCGCUGGUCAGAGUCAAGGACAUCCUCACCCGGAUGCUGCAGAACAUGGAGCACCUGGACAAAUGCUGAGACGCAAACUCUAAAACAUACGUUAGAUUCACUGAGGACUCAAAAUCAGUGCUGUCCAAUUUUUUUCUGAACACUCAAAAAGGAUUCAAUGUCCUUUCAGUCUUUCCUGUCCUUUCAUUAACAUAACACGCUAAAACAAAACCAUCAGUGUAGGUAAACAUAUGCGAGGCAGUUAUGCAAGGUGUCCAAAAAGUCCCUCAUUUUGCUUCAUUUGGACAAACAUGAGGCCAUCAGCAUUUGACAGUUUGGCUUUGCAGUUUGGAACAACCUGAAGCUGGUACAGGUAAAACUUUAUCGCUCUCGCAAACAGCCACGAAAUAGAGCUUUUGUUGAUGCGAAGUUCCACCGCAACCCUCCAGGCAAAACCUUCAUUGGCUUGAUGUGAACAUCUGCUCUAGAAGUUCAGUCAUUUUUAUCGGUUUUAGUCCUGACAGGUCUUCUGCCAUGUGCUUUAUCAACAGAUUUAUCAACAACAGAAAAGUGUACAACGCAGUGGCAAUAAAGCGUCUCAAGCUGCAGCUGAUCUGCAGUCUGGGACAGCAAAGGCUGCAACUACGGCCGAAUCUGUCAAAUGCAUAUGGCCUUGCAUCGGUCUGAAUGACACCUCAAACGGGGGGUGACAUGUGUACAAACCUUUGGACACCUUGUGACAUUUUUGACAUGCAGAAGAAAAACAAACAAACAAAAAAUAGUAAAGCAACAAGAGGAUUUUGGCAUCAUUCUCAUUCACACCAAAGGACAAUUGAGUCUUCAAUAAAGCUAACGUGCAUGCUUGAGGAAUGUGGAAGCCGGAGAAAACCGAGCGCAGCCCAGAUUCAAACCCAGAACCUCAGAACUGUGAGGCCGACCACUGGGGCUUCAUUCUUAUUUAAGUACUGGGCUUUUAUUUAUGUCAACACCCACCACCAGCGCUUGUUACUGGUAUUUAUAGCCUUCAAAUUAGCAUUUUGUAUAUUUUUGUACUGUAUUUGCUUUUUGAAAAACUAUUUAAGGAAAAAUGGAUAAUAAAUUGACUUUUGUUUCAAUUUAGUUAA